AUGCCCCGCUGGUCUCUUCUCAGCCCGGGCCCACGACUCUGCUCUACUCGCCAAUGGUCUCGUAGAUGUCUCUCCUCCCGCCCACCAUCGCAGACCGCUCAGGACCAGCAGUCUGCUCCCCGCUGGGCUGACACGCUGCUCCUUCCCAAAACUAGCUUCCCCUUGUACAAUGACCCGUCCAAGGAUCCAAGCAUCAAGACCAAGACGACCGACGGUCUUUACCAAUGGCAGUCCCGACAUGCCAAUGGCCCGCUGUUUGUCUUCCUUGACGGACCCCCGUAUGCCAACGGUGACCUUCACAUCGGACAUGCUUUGAACAAAAUUCUCAAGGAUGUCAUAAAUCGUUAUCAUGUUUCCUUGGGUCACCGUGUUCAUUACCACCCUGGUUGGGACUGCCAUGGACUCCCUAUCGAGAACAAGGUCCUCAAACAGCUCGGAGUUGACGUGAACGAGCUAACGCCUUCCCAAGUUCGUGAGGAAGCCGAGAAGUGCGCACGGAAGGAAGUCGCUUCUCAGAUGGCACAGUUCCAGGAAUUCGGCAUCAUGGCCAACUGGGGGCUUGACACGACCUACCGGACACUGGACCCGGAAUAUGAAUUGCGGCAACUCGAGAUCUUCAAGACUAUGGUUGAGAAGGGAUUGAUAUAUCGUCAACACCGUCCUGUGCACUACUCUCCGUCGUCUCGUUCUGCCCUUGCGGAAGCUGAAUUGGAAUAUAACGACGCGCACGUCUCCCACUCAGUAUACGUCACGUUCCCACUCGACCUCACCAGCAACAACAUAUCUGAAGCUUUGCGUGCUCUGAUUGCUGGGAAGGAGAAGGUUUCGUUGCUUGUAUGGACCACAACGCCCUGGACGCUUACUGCAAAUAUGGCAAUCGCCGCCAACACAGAUAUGCUGUACCGUGUCGCUUCGAUUAAGGGCGAGGACAAUUCCGAAACUGUUCUCAUCUAUGCCACUGAUCGUGAAGACGCCCUCAAGUCUGUCUCCGGUCUCUUUGCGUCGUCCCUAGAGCCGUUGGGAGAUAUUAGCGGAUCGGAGCUCGUUGGAGCGGCCUACCGUCCCAUCUUCGCACCCCUGCACGAGUUAUCCACGACGUUGCCCUCCCUGCCGAUCAUCGCCUCCCCGCACGUUACGAACGACUCCGGCACAGGCCUCGUCCAUUGUGCCCCAGCGCACGGUGCGGAAGACUACGCCGUCAUGCAGACCCUCGGUCUCAUUACUUCUGCGCCUAUCGCCUCUUCCACGGCGUCCACCCCGGUGCCUGCCCCGAACAGCAGUCGCGAAAUUAUUUGCCACGUGAACGGGUUAGGUCAAUUCACGGAGGACGUUGCGGACGUCAUUGGGAAGGAGGCUGCUAGCGAGCUCGUGGCGAAGGACGUCUUGUCCGAUGGCGGCAGGGCGAUCGUCGCGCUGCUCACGAAGAUCGGCGCGCUGCGGAAGGUCCAGCGGUUCAAGCACCGCUACCCGUACGACUGGAAGACGGCCAAGCCUGUGAUUACCCUUGCUACCUCGCAGUGGUUCGCGAAUUUGGACGAUAUCAAGGACGACGCCAUCACCGCGCUCCAGGACGUCAACUUCGUGCCCGCCAUCUCGCGCAACCGCCUUGAGUCCUUCGUCCGCUCCCGCUCCGAAUGGUGCAUCUCCCGCCAGCGCGUGUGGGGCGUCCCCAUCCCAGCACUCUAUCACCUUCCCUCCAACGCCGCGGUGCUCGACUCCGACUCCUUGACGCACAUCCUCGCCGUCCUCCGCGCGCAUGGCCCCCGCUACUGGUGGGACGGGCCUGUGUCUGCGUUCGUGCCCCUUUCGCGGCGCGAAGGCUUAACUGACGCGGAGCUCGACGAGCUAUGGAAGAAGAGCACGGACACGAUGGACGUGUGGUUCGACAGCGGGACAGCAUGGAGCACGCUCGAGGACCUCUACGCCUCGCAGACGCAGACCGGUGCAAAGCCCAGCCGGACGUUCGGCUCAGACGUCUGCCUCGAAGGCACCGACCAGCACCGCGGGUGGUUCCAGAGCCUCCUCCUGACCUCCCUUGGGGCCGCAACGUCCGAAGCGCGCAAACGCACCGCGCCCUACUCGACGCUGAUCACGCACGGGAUGGUGCUCGACGAGCAGGGCAAGAAGAUGAGCAAGUCGCUCGGGAAUGUCGUCAGCCCCCUGACUGUCAUCAACGGAGGCGCGGGCAAGCACGACAAGGCGUAUGGCGUGGACAUAUUGCGCCUAUGGGUCGCGACGGUCGAGUUCGGCAAGGACAUGACGAUCGGGCCGACGGUACUGCAGCAGUGCGCGGAGACGAUGCGCAAGAUCAGGAACUCGUCGCGGUUCAUUCUGGGCAGCCUCGGGGACCGGCCAUUCGAGAAGAAGGUGGAGCGCGGGGAGCUGGGCCUGGCGGACAGGUAUGUUCUGCAUCGGCUGCACAAGCUCGAUGCCGUUGCCAGGGCUGGGUACGAGGCGUACAACUUCCCUCAGGUCAUCAACGAGCUGUCUUACUUUGCGAACAUCACGCUGUCAUCGUUCUACUUCGACGUGAACAAGGACUGCCUUUACGCGGACCGUGAAGACGGCAUCGAGCGCCGGAGGGUCCUCACUGUCCUGGACCAGGUGCUGACGACGAUGACGAGAGUCCUCGCGCCCGUGCUGCCGCACCUUGCCGAGGAGAUCCAUCAGACGCUGUACGGACCUGAUGCCCCGUCUGUGUUCGUGACGCGGUGGACGCCUCUGCCGAACGAGUUCGUUGACGUACAGGCCGAGGCGGACAUGGACAAGCUGUUCCGCAUCCGUUCCAAAGUCAACUCGCUCCUCGAGCAGGCUCGCAAAGACGGCGUCGUGAAGAGCUCCCUAUCCGCGGACGUGGCGGUGAGCGUCUCGACGGCCGCGACCUCAGACGUCAUCGACGUUCUGGGACGCGAGGAGACGACGCUCAAGUCGCUAUUUGGCGUGUCUGGCGUAACCCUCUGCGACAGGAACCUGGAUGCCGCUCCUGCCUGGCAAUACAGGGAUACGCUCGAGAUAGACGGUGCGUCUGCAGCUGACUGCUCGGUAUUGCCUGACCUGAUGCGUUGUGUAGGAACCGAGAUAGAGAUCGCGGUUCGCCCAGCUGCCCUGGAGAAGUGCCCCCGCUGUUGGACAUACACCCGUCCCGCCGCCGACGAGCUGUGCGGCCGGUGCACAGAGGUCGCCCGUAUCCAGCCUGUAGUAUCCUCCUAG